AUGUCUAUGAACUUUGAUGAUUGUGGUGUCAACCGCGAGGGAUUUCCCCGCCCGUUCCCCAACACCCCUUCUAAUGUCCUUGAGCAACUUCGUAUGGAUGGAAAGGUGGUUGUUGUCACUGGUGCAGCAGAUGGGAUUGGAUAUGCCGUAGCGGAGGCCAUUGCUGAGGCUGGCGGUCAUGUCGCAUUCUGGUAUAACUCAAAUGAUGUUGCAAUUGAAAAAGCGAAGGACUUGGGGGCUUCGCAUAAUGUGAAAACAGCUGCUUACAAAGUUGAUGUCUCUGUCUCCACCGAAGUCCAAGAAACCAUUGCCAAGGUAGUGCAAGACUUUGGCAAAAUGGAUGUUUUUGUUGCCAAUGCAGGCAUGGCUAUCUCAAAGCCCAUCCUGGAGCAGACCCUCGAGGAAUAUCGCAAACAAAUGUCUGUUAAUGUCGAUGGUAUUGUGUAUUGCGCAAAGUAUGCCGGUGAAGUAUUUCAGAAGCAAGGCUUCGGCAAUCUGAUCAUCACAUCAAGCAUGAGUGGACACAUUGUCAACGUGCCCACCGACCAGCCUGUUUACAAUGCCACCAAGGCAUAUGUCACUCACUUCGGCAAAUCACUUGCCCGUGAGUGGCGCGAGUUUGCUCGAGUGAACAUUGUUUCGCCGGGCUUCUUCGACACUAAGAUGGGUGCUAGUGGAUUUGCUAUCAAUGAGGCAUAUCGAAUGUCAGCCUUGGGGCGACAGGGUCACACUAAAGAAAUCAAGGGUUUGUACCUAUAUCUUGCUAGUGAUGCCUCCACCUAUAUGACAGGCAGUGAUGUGCUUAUCGAUGGAGGUUACGUUUUGCCUUAA